GAUCUCCCUGUCAUCCUAAUUCUUGUGGUAAUGGAGCUUGUGUAGAAAUUGGUGACAGUUAUACGUGCAUUUGUCCCUCUGAUGGAUUUUCUUACACUGGCAACUGUGUAACAGAAAACUGCAACCCGAACCCUUGCAAAAAUGACGGAGUGUGUGUACCUUUAUCUGAAAAGGCUACUUACGAAUGUGUUUGUCUGGAAGGUUAUAAUGGGACAAAUUGUGAAAUUGACAUUCGCUUGUGCCAUCCGAAUCCCUGUAAAAAUGGAUUUCCAUGCAUGGUUAAAGAUGGUAAAGAAAUUUGCAAAUGUCAAUCACCUUAUAGAGGAGACAAUUGUGAAAUAGGUACUUUUAACUUUUACAAUUAA